AUGUUUUGGUCUGAAACUCCUGCUCCAGCUCAUUGCGUGCUGUGGGCGUCCCUCCUUCUCCUCCCGUCCAUGGUGGAGGGUCACGGGCGUCUGCUGGAACCCCCGUCUCGAGCCAGUAUGUGGAGACUUGGUUUUAAUACCCCACCAAACUACGACGACAACCAGUUAUUCUGCGGUGGUUACCAGAGACAAUGGGAACGGAACAAUGGGAAGUGCGGUGUUUGCGGAGAUCCCUGGGACGGAAUCCGCGAGAACGAGGCUGGAGGGAAGUACGCUAAUGGUAUCAUCGUCCGGAAGUACAAUCAAGGAGAGACGAUCAGAAUUGACAUUGAUCUGACCGCCAACCACAAAGGUUAUUUUGAGUUCCGUCUGUGCCCCAACAACGACCCCUCCACCCCUAUCACCCAGCAGUGCCUGGACAGACAUCUUCUGAAGCAUCCUGAGGGUAGCACGCGUUUCUUCGUCACAACAUCACGUGUGGGCAAAUACAACAUGGAGGUAAUACUUCCGGCGGAAGUGACGUGUUCUCAGUGUGUCCUGCAGUGGAAAUACAACGCUGGCAACUCUUGGGGAUGUGAAACAAGUGGCCACUGCUGUGUUGGGUGUGGACCCCAGGAACAGUUCUACGGAUGCGCAGACGUUGCGAUACUCUCGUCUAACAGUCACGUGCAGACUGUCCACGUGACGCCAUCUGGUGGUGCUACAUCCGGGUGCUCAGCUAGCGGUCUGUGGACAGGGAAUAGCCGAAUUGUCACGUGGUGCAAGACAAACUGCGCCCUGGGUAACUGUCCCUCACAGCUCUGUUCCGAGGGCUGCCGUCACCUUGGCAACCAGUUGCACUGAUUCUAAUGCUCACCAAUGAAGGUAUUUUAUGAGGUCUUGCGAAAAAAGUGCUCAAUGUACAUACCAAGUGUUUCUAUGUUUAUGCUAU